CAUUACUUUCACAGGUGGUUUCUGGCGGGACUUUUCUUCGCACUCCAACGCUGCUCCGGACGUUUUUUUGUACCCGAACACUCGAACCGAUCACAUCAGUCGUCGACCGGCUAUUUUGUUUGCAUUUCAUUAUAUAUAUAUAUUUUUUUUAAGUGUUUUAGUUGCUUAUUUACUUACUAAAUCUUUGCGGUAACCGUUGGCCGGACAAACGUCGAACGCCGCUGAUUGCUUCGACCGAAGCACACAGAAGUUCCAAAGCGAUACUCCAAGUCUCUCCACCGGGUUUUCCAGCGACAUGGCCGAACAGCGGCGGUGCGUUGCUUGACAUAGGUCGUGUACACAGUGUCCUCUGGCCGGUGCCCAAUAAGGUGUUGCUACACACCAUCUCCAAUGACGGACAACAGGGACUUCAGGAGCCGGGAUUGGACCGGGGGCGUCGGGUUAGGCGGUGACGUCAGCGAGGUGGAGAACUUCUAUAACGGAGCCACGGUGUUCGUGACGGGCGGCACGGGGUUCGUGGGCAAAGCGCUGGUCGAGAAGCUGCUCAGGUCGUGCCGGGGGCUCAACACCAUUUACCUGUUGGUCAGAUCCAAACGAGGCAAGGACGUGCAAUGCCGGUUCGAGGAACUACUCAAAAAUCCGGUAUUCGACCGCAUCAGAUCUUCUGAAACCGAUUCGGACAGCGUGUUCGGCAAAGUGGUGUGCGUGACCGGCGACGUGUCCGACCCGGGCCUUGGUCUGAGCGCCGAAGACAAGCAGAAACUGUGCUCCGAGGUCACCGUGGUCUUUCACUCGGCCGCCACCGUCAAGUUCAACGAGUCCCUGCGCACCGCCGUCACUCUCAACACACUUGGCACGCAGCGGGUCAUAGACCUUUGCCGGUCGAUGACCAAACUCAAGGCGAUGAUUCACGUGUCGACGGCCUACUCGAACGCCGACAAGACGGUCAUCGAGGAGACUGUGUACAAGCCGCCGGGCGACCCCGGGCUGGUGAUCAACUGCUGUCAAAAGAUGUCGGAGGACGACUUGCGGCACAUGGGCACGAGGUUGCAGGGCAAACACCCCAACACGUAUACCGUGACCAAAGCCAUGGCCGAGUGGGUGGUGGCUGAAGGGGCGGACGAGAUACCCGCGGCUAUCGUCAGGCCGAGCAUAGUGACGGCAGCGUGGAAGGAACCGUUCGAGGGAUGGGUGGACAACAUAUCGGGAAUAACCGGGAUCAUGAUGGAAAUCGGCAGGGGCACAAUAAGGAGUAUCGUUUGCGACCAAAAGCUUCGGGUCGACAUCAUACCGGUGGACAUUCUGGUCAACACGUUGAUCACUGCGGCCUGGCACACGGCCGCUCACAGAACAAACGCCGUCAAAGUGUACAACUGCACUUCUGGGGCUUUGAACCCUUUGCGUUGGGAAGAACUGGGAGGUCUCACGCAAUACCAUUCGCUUACCGUGCCGUCCAAGUACAUCCAAUGGUAUCCAGGAUUUUCCUUCCGCACCAACAGGAUGGUGCACAGACUUUGCGAAAUCCUGUUUCACUUUGUGCCCGCUUUCGUCCUGGACAUAGUGCUCAGGUUGACCGGAUCCAAACCCAUCAUGUUGAACAUUUACCGACGGUUCAAAAUGGCCGCUCGCACCGGAGAGUUCUUCGCCCUUCACCAAUGGGAUUUCAUCAGCGACAACAUCCGCGAGCUGGACAACAAGUUCACUUGCACCGACCGACACACGUUCCCGGUGGACAUCACGCAAGUGGUGUGGGACAGCUACGUCAAAGACUACGUGUACGGCAUACGCAAGUACGUUCUCAAGGAUCCGCCGUCGACGAUCCCGCUGGGACUAAGCAAAUUGCAAAAGUUUUAUUGGAUGCACCGGAUGGCACAGUGCGCUUUCGUCGGUUUCAUGAUACACGUGAUCAAAUCAAAAUAGUUUGCGCAUCGUGUAACAAUCGCACGGCUAUCAAUUAGACAAUUAAGACAACAUUACGAUAUAUCAUUAUUAUUAGGUAUAAAUCGACAAAAAACGAAUCUUAUCGGGUUCACACCUACGAUGUUAUAAUAAUAAUUAUUACUGGUCUUUUUAUUUACUUUUUUUUUUUUAACAUUUUAUACACAUUAAUGAAAUACAUGUAUUAACAUUUGAUAUAAUACAAGCAUACAGUUAAUGACUAUAAUAAUGAUGAUGAUUAUUAUUAUUUUAUAAUAGAUGUACGUCAUAAUAAUA